CUCCGUUUGCGCCAUCUUACCUUUCCGUUUCAUCUUCUUUCUAAUUCCCUCUUCAUCCUCUCUCUCUCUCUCUUCCUCUCUACCUUCUACUCUAUCUUUCCCUUUCAUCCUUUAUCCUAAUCAUACACCAUCAUCAUGCCUGCUGGAUCAGUUCUUGUCACCGGUGGAACGGGCUACAUUGGCUCUUUCACCACCCUCGCUCUCCUCGAGGCUGGCUACAAGGUCGUCGUCGCUGACAACCUCUACAACUCCUCCGCUGAGGCUCUCAAGCGCAUUGAGUUGAUCAGCGGCAAGAAGGCCGAGUUCGCUCAGCUCGAUGUCACCGACGAGGCUGGCUUCGACCGUGUCUUCGAGGCCCACCCCGACAUUGACAGCGUCAUCCACUUUGCUGCUCUGAAGGCCGUCGGUGAGUCCGGUGAGAAGCCUCUGGACUACUACCACGUCAACGUCUACGGCACCAUCUGCCUCCUGCGCUCCAUGGUCCGCCACAAUGUCACCAACAUCGUCUUCUCCUCUUCCGCCACCGUCUACGGUGAUGCCACUCGCUUCCCCAACAUGAUCCCCAUCCCCGAGGAGUGCCCUCUGGGCCCCACCAACCCCUACGGUAACACCAAGUUCGCUGUCGAGACCGCCAUCACCGACGUCAUCAACGCUCAGCGCAACAACGCCAUCAAGGCCGGUAACGAGGCCGAGGCCCAGAAGUGGAACGGUGCUCUGCUCCGCUACUUCAACCCCGCCGGUGCUCACCCCUCUGGUAUCAUGGGUGAGGACCCCCAGGGUGUCCCCUACAACCUGCUUCCCCUUCUUGCCCAGGUGGCCACCGGCAAGCGCGAGAAGCUCCUCGUCUUCGGAGAUGACUACGCCUCCCACGACGGAACCGCCAUCCGCGACUACAUCCACAUCCUCGACCUGGCAGAUGGUCACUUGAAGGCCCUGAACUACCUCCGCGCCAACAACCCCGGAGUCCGUGCCUGGAACUUGGGUACCGGCAAGGGCAGCACUGUCUACGAGAUGAUCCGUGCCUUCUCGGCGGCCGUGGGCCGUGACCUCCCCUACGAGGUUGCUCCCCGCCGUGCCGGUGACGUGCUCAACCUGACCUCCAACCCCACGCGCGCCAACAACGAGCUGGGCUGGAAGGCCGAGCGCACCCUCGAGCAGGCCUGCGAGGACCUCUGGCUGUGGACCCGCAACAACCCCCAGGGUUACCGCCAACAGCCCCCGGCCGAGCUGCUGGAGAAGCUGCAGAAAUAAAUAAUGACUCCGCAUAUGCUUAGAAUUUUUUCUUUUUCUUGCCAGGAAAAUCGAUAGAGACACGAUUGGACUUGCUAAUUGGAUGACGAAUUUCCUUUUUCCUUGUUGUAUCUAGAGAGCAGAG